AUGAGGAGUCUGGCGCUGCUGUUGGGGGUGAAAGCCGCCUGCAUCCUGCUGGUGUCCUCGCUCUCAGGCACCGGGGCCGUCAACAACAGCGGCAGGUGGUGGGGUAUUGUCAAUGUGGCCUCUUCAUCCAACCUCCUCACCAAUUCCAAGAACGUGCAGUUGGUCCUGGACCCGAGCCUGGCCCUACUGAGUCGUCGCCAACGCCGGCUGAUUCGGCAGAAUCCUGGCAUCUUGCACGCCAUCGCCGCUGGGCUGCACACUGCCAUAAAGGAGUGCAAGUGGCAGUUCCGCAACCGCCGCUGGAACUGCCCGACCACCCACAGCCCAGCCGUUUUUGGGAAAAUUGUCAAUCGUGGUUGCCGAGAGACUGCAUUUGUAUUUGCCAUUACCAGCGCAGGGGUGACCCACGCUGUGGCUCGCUCCUGCUCAGAGGGAGCCAUUGAGUCGUGCACAUGCGAUUACCGCCGCAGAGGCCCUGGAGGUCCGGACUGGCACUGGGGGGGCUGCAGUGACAAUGUAGACUUUGGCCGGAUGUUCAGCCGUGAGUUUGUGGACUCCAGCGAAAGGGGCAGAGAUCUGCGCUACCUCACCAACAUACACAAUAACGAGGCUGGCAGAAUGACUGUGUCAUCAGAGAUGCGUCAGGAGUGUAAGUGCCAUGGCAUGUCAGGCUCCUGUACCGUGCGCACCUGUUGGAUGCGCCUGCCCAGCUUCCGCACAGUGGGAGACUUCCUCAAGGACCGGUUUGAUGGUGCAUCCAGAGUCGUUUAUGCCAACAAGGGAAGCAACCGUGCCUCUCACCGAGCCGACCCCCGACACUUGGAGCCUGAAAACUCGGCCCACAAACCCCCCUCUGCCAUGGACCUGGUCUAUUUCGAGAAAUCGCCAAACUUCUGCUCCUACAACGGCAAAACUGGCACUUUGGGAACUUCUGGGAGAACAUGCAACAGCUCUUCUCCAGGCCUGGAUGGAUGCGAGCUGCUCUGCUGUGGACGUGGGUUUAAGACCCGGACUGAGAGUGUGACUGAACGUUGCCACUGCACCUUCCACUGGUGCUGUCAUGUCAGCUGCUUGAACUGCACCAGUACACGGACGUUACACCAGUGUCUAUGA